AUGAUAAUCCUAGCCCUAGAAACCAGUUGUGACGAAACGAGUGCUGCCAUUUUAGAAAACAAAAAAGUUCUCAGUAAUGUUACUAUUUCCCAAAUAUUAGAACAGCAAAAGUACGGUGGAGUAAUGCCUAGUUUGGCCGCUAAAUUACACGUUAAAAAUAUUCAAAAAGUCUUAAAAGAAACUUUACGCAUUGCCAAAGUUCCCCCCGAACAAAUCGACUAUGUUGCCUAUACCGAAAAACCAGGCUUAAUCAUUUGUCUCCAAAUUGGCAAAAUAGUAGCGGAAACUUUGGCUUUGUUUCUCAACAAACCACUUCUGCCUGUUAAUCAUUUAGAAGGCCACAUAUAUGCUAGUGAAACUUGUGAUGACGCCAUUGGUGAAUGUUUGGAUAAAUCGGCUAUUCUACUGGGUUAUAAUUAUCCAGGUGGUCCGAUCAUUGAAAAAUUGGCUCAAACCGGAAAAAACACCUAUCAAUUGCCUUUUCCCAAAAAUGAUGAAACUUUGGAUUUUAGUUUCAGUGGAUUGAAAAGUGAAAUUGGCCGUCUAAUAAGUAAGGAAAAAGAAAAAAUUAACGUUAAUGACCUGGCUUGUUCGCUCCAAUGUAUCGUGGCUGAAAUAUUAACCAAAAAAUUAAAAAGGGCUUGGUUAACUGUUCGGGCAAAAACUAUCAUAAUUGGUGGAGGAAUAAAAAUAUUUUUUCCCGAAAUUAAAUAUUCAACAGAUAAUGCGACUAUGAUUGGAGUUUUGGCAUAUUAUAAGACUAAAAAUGAAAAGGGCGAAAG